AUGGAUAACACCGGUAUUCUCUGUGCAGUUAUGCUCGAUACCAAAGCAGUUGAUUGCUCUCCUGUGAGUUCAGUAGCUGUAAACAAAGCUUCUUUUGUAAAUACAUCAACUUCUGUUGGACAAGAGUAUCCAUGCCCUACUACUUGUUACAAUCAAAGGUGUCUGCAAUGCAGGUCUUCCAUCAGACAGAGAAGGAAUCCUAAGGAAACUAUUGAUCUUACAAGUGUUCAAGAACUUAUUGAUGAAUUUGAACAUGGUUGUCACUCUGGUCUUUUGGACACUAUAAGGAACUGCACAUAUGUUGGCAUGGCUGAUGAUGAUUUUGCUCUCCUUCAGCAUAAUACUCAUCUAUAUCUUGCCAAUGUUGUAAAUUUGAGCAAAGAGCUCAUGUAUCAACUGGUUCUGCAAGGAUUUGGUUACUUCAAUGCCAUAUAG